AUGGCAGAAACAAACCCCGAAUCUCAACCGGAAGUUAUGGAGGAGAGCGAAGAGCAGAGGAUGAAACGUUUGGAAUUCGUGCAAGUUGCGGCGUUCCAUGCGGUGAUUUUUGCUGCAAAGGUCUACAAUUACGCCAAGGACAAAUCAGGGCCUCUGAAGCCCGGAAUUCAGACUGUCGAGGGCACCGUCAAGACCGUCGUUGGACCCGUCUAUGACAAAUACCAUGGUGUUCCCGUCGAACUUCUCAAAUUUGCUGAUCGCAAGGUAGAUGAGUCGAUGAACAAGGUACAGAGUCAUGUCCCUGCGGUUCUAAAGCAGGUGUCGACCCAAGCUUUCUCGACUGCUAAGAAAGCUCCUGUAGCGGCUCGCUCAGUCGUGACAGAAGUCAAAACUGCCGGAGUUGUUGAAACCGCCUCAGGUCUUGCGAAAACCCUGUACACCAAGUACGAACCUGCUGCCAAGGAUCUGUAUUCCAAGUACGAACCAGUAGCUGAACAUUUAGCAGUUUCAACCUGGUGCUCUCUCAACCGGCUCCCGCUCUUCCCUCAGGUGGCUCAAGUUGUCGUUCCAACAGCCAGUUAUUAUACUGAGAAGUACAACCAGACUGUUCAACUUUCAGCUGAGAAAGGGUACAAGGUUGCAUCAUAUCUUCCGUUGGUCCCAACAGAGAAGAUCGGGAAGGUAUUUAGCGUUGAUAAAACCGAGCCUGUGGUUUCGACAGGAGGAGCUGUUGAAGCAAAUUGA